AUGGCGGUCGGAGAUUUGAAGCUGGUUUCCGACGUGGAUAUCGACGAGGCCGACGGCGUCUUCAAGUACGUCCUCAUCCGCGUCACCACGCCCGGCUCCGGGCCGGGGAAGGACGUCGUGCGCGGCUACGCCUGGGCCGAAUAUCACGGUGAGGGGACGCCGGCGGCGACUUCUGAUUGGGCGAGGCGUAGUCACGUGGAAAGCGGAGGCGGGUUUCGAUUGGGCGAGGCGGGGAGAAAGCGCGGUUGCGGGUUCCCAUUGGGCGAGGCGCAGGCGAAGGUGGGGAUGGAACUUCGGUCGCGACGUUUGAUUGGGUGA